UGAGAGCGCUCCACAGAGUAGAUCAGGAAAAGGGAAGGGAGUGGGAGACAGAUAGUUAAUGUAGGAAAUAAACAUAAAUAAUCCGCUCUAAAGGCAGUCGACAACAGAGGUCGUUGGAGUAUCGCCUCCGGAGACUUUCCGGUCACCGUUGGCGGCCUGACCAGAACCUUGGUGACAAUUUAAAGGCUGUUCCUGCUCACAAAGCGGCGUGCCGAGGAAGGACGCGUCUCUUUGAAUAGACAGGAUGCACGGACCGCCCUCCGGCGACAGCGCAUGCCCAUUGCGCACGAUCAAGAGAGUUCAGUUCGGCAUCAUCAGCCCAGAUGAGCUUAAACGGAUGUCAGUUACUGAAGGGGGUAUCAAGUACCCGGAAACAACUGAAGGAGGACGUCCUAAACUUGGUGGCCUUAUGGAUCCAAGACAAGGGGUCAUAGAGCGCAGUGGAAGAUGUCAGACAUGUGCAGGCAACAUGACAGAAUGCCCAGGCCACUUUGGCCACAUAGAACUGGCAAAGCCAGUCUUCCACGUCGGCUUCAUUACAAAAAUAAUGAAGGUUCUUCGAUGCGUCUGCUUUUUCUGCUCCAAGUUAUUAGUGGAUUCGAACAAUCCCAAGAUUAAGGACAUCCUAGUUAAAUCUAAAGGGCAGCCGAGGAAGCGUCUAACCCAUGUGUAUGAGCUGUGCAAAGGCAAAAAUAUCUGUGAAGGAGGGGAGGAGAUGGACAACAAAUUUGGCAUGGAGCAGCAAGAGACAGAGGAGGAUAUCACCAAAGAAAAGGGCCAUGGUGGCUGUGGGCGCUACCAGCCACGCAUCCGGCGCUCGGGCCUGGAGCUUUAUGCCGAGUGGAAGCACGUCAAUGAAGAUUCCCAGGAGAAGAAAAUCUUGCUGAGCCCCGAGCGCGUGCAUGAGAUCUUCAAGCGCAUCUCAGACGAGGAAGACGUAAUCUUGGGUAUGGACCCCAAGUUCUCCCGACCAGAGUGGAUGAUUGUUACCGUGUUGCCUGUCCCCCCACUGGCCGUGAGGCCGGCUGUAGUCAUGCAGGGCUCUGCUCGCAACCAGGACGACUUGACCCACAAGUUGGCCGACAUUGUCAAGAUCAACAACCAGCUGAGAAGAAACGAGCAGAGUGGCGCGGCCGCACACGUCAUAGCUGAGGAUGUGAAGCUGCUUCAGUUCCACGUGGCCACCAUGGUUGACAAUGAGUUGCCAGGCCUGCCAAGGGCCAUGCAAAAGUCUGGUCGUCCUCUCAAAUCCAUCAAGCAGCGACUAAAGGGGAAAGAGGGGCGAGUAAGGGGUAACCUUAUGGGCAAGCGCGUGGACUUCUCAGCCCGAACCGUCAUCACCCCAGACCCCAACCUCCAAAUCGACCAAGUUGGUGUGCCACGAUCCAUCGCAGCCAACAUGACUUUCCCAGAAAUUGUUACACCCUUUAACAUCGACAGGUUGCAAGAGCUGGUGCGAAGAGGCAACAGUCAGUAUCCUGGAGCCAAGUACAUCAUCCGUGACAACGGGGAUCGAAUUGACCUGCGAUUCCACCCGAAACCAAGUGACCUUCAUCUGCAGAUUGGCUACAAGGUGGAAAGACACAUGUGCGAUGGUGACAUUGUCAUCUUCAACCGUCAGCCUACGCUCCAUAAAAUGUCUAUGAUGGGGCACAGGGUUCGGAUUCUGCCUUGGUCCACCUUUCGACUCAACCUCAGUGUCACCACCCCAUACAAUGCUGACUUUGACGGGGAUGAGAUGAACCUCCACCUGCCCCAGUCCCUCGAGACGAGGGCAGAGAUUCAGGAGCUGGCCAUGGUGCCACGUAUGAUUGUCACGCCCCAGUCCAAUCGGCCAGUUAUGGGCAUCGUGCAGGACACUCUCACGGCUGUUCGCAAAUUCACCAAACGAGACGUCUUCUUAGAGAGGGGGGAAGUGAUGAACCUCCUGAUGUUCCUCUCCACCUGGGACGGCAAAAUGCCUCAGCCCGCCAUCCUCAAACCUCGUCCACUGUGGACGGGAAAGCAGGUUUUCAGCCUUAUCAUUCCAGGACACAUCAAUGUCAUUCGAACGCACAGCACCCACCCAGACGAUGAAGACAGCGGGCCCUACAAGCACAUUUCUCCCGGUGACACCAAGGUCAUCGUGGAGAACGGGGAGCUGAUCAUGGGCAUCCUGUGUAAGAAGUCUCUGGGGACUUCUGCUGGCUCUCUCGUCCACAUUUCCUACCUGGAGAUGGGCCAUGACAUCACCAGGCUCUUCUACUCUAACAUUCAGACGGUGGUCAACAACUGGCUACUCAUUGAGGGUCACUCAAUUGGUAUUGGUGACUCCAUUGCUGAUGCCAAGACGUACCUUGACAUCCAGAAUACCAUCAAGAAAGCCAAGCAGGAUGUGAUAGAAGUCAUCGAGAAAGCUCAUAACAACGAGCUGGAGCCAACCCCCGGCAACACGCUGAGGCAAACCUUUGAGAACCAGGUCAACCGUAUCCUCAACGACGCUCGUGACAAAACCGGAUCCUCUGCCCAGAAAUCUCUGUCUGAGUACAACAACUUCAAGUCCAUGGUGGUGGCUGGCUCUAAAGGGUCAAAGAUCAACAUCUCACAGGUUAUUGCGGUGGUGGGGCAGCAGAACGUGGAGGGUAAACGAAUCCCGUUUGGCUUCAAGCACCGAACUCUGCCCCACUUCAUCAAAGACGACUAUGGUCCAGAGAGCAGAGGCUUUGUGGAGAACUCCUACCUGGCUGGUCUGACUCCAACCGAGUUCUUUUUCCACGCCAUGGGAGGCAGAGAGGGUCUGAUCGACACAGCUGUAAAGACAGCUGAGACGGGUUACAUCCAGCGUCGUCUGAUCAAAUCUAUGGAGUCUGUGAUGGUGAAGUACGACGCCACCGUGCGGAACUCCAUCAACCAGGUGGUCCAGCUGCGCUACGGCGAGGACGGCCUGGCGGGAGAAAAUGUGGAGUUCCAGAAUCUAGCGACGUUGAAACCCUCACACAAAGCCUUUGAGAAGAAGUUCAAGUUCGAUUGCACCAAUGAGCGCGCGCUGAGGCGAGUGCUGCAGGAAGACGUGGUGAAAGACGUGCAGACCAACGCGCACGUGCAAGGUGUUCUGGAGCGGGAGUUUGAGAAGAUGAAAGAGGAUCGGGAGAUCCUGCGUGCGAUUUUCCCCACCGGGGACAGCAAGGUCUGCGCCGUCCGCCGGCCGUUCUCCAGUCGGGGUCCAGACGGCGACUCUCAUGCUGCUCUGCCCCCCUCUUCCCCGCAGGUGGUGCUGCCAUGCAACCUCGCAAGAAUGAUCUGGAACGCGCAGAAGAUCUUCCGAAUCAACACUCGAACCCCCACUGACCUGAAUCCUUUAAAGGUGGUCGAAGGCGUUCACGAGCUGAGUAAGAAGCUGGUGAUCGUGAACGGCGACGACCCUCUGAGCAGGCAGGCCCAGCAGAACGCCACGCUGCUCUUCAACAUCCACCUGCGCUCCACGCUCUGCUCCAAACGCAUGACCGAGGAGUUCCGCCUCUCCACCGAAGCCUUCGAGUGGCUGCUGGGGGAGAUCGAAACCAAGUUCAACCAGUCCAUCGCUCACCCGGGCGAAAUGGUGGGCGCUCUGGCCGCCCAGUCGCUGGGAGAGCCCGCCACCCAGAUGACACUGAACACCUUCCACUACGCCGGCGUGUCAGCCAAGAACGUCACGCUGGGCGUGCCUCGUCUAAAAGAGUUGAUCAACAUCUCCAAGCGGCCCAAGACGCCCUCGCUGACCGUCUUCCUGCUGGGUCAGGCGGCACGCGACGCCGAGAGGGCCAAAGACAUCCUCUGCCGGCUGGAGCACACCACGCUGCGCAAAGUCACGGCGAACACCGCCAUCUACUACGACCCCAACCCGCAGAACACGGUGGUGGCCGAGGACCAGGAGUGGGUGAACGUCUACUACGAGAUGCCCGACUUCGACGUGACGCGCAUCUCCCCGUGGCUGCUGCGCAUCGAGCUGGACCGCAAGCACAUGACCGACCGCAAGCUGACCAUGGAGCAGAUCGCAGAGAAGAUCAACGCGGGCUUCGGAGACGACCUGAACUGCAUCUUCAACGACGACAACGCCGAGAAGCUGGUGCUGCGAAUCCGGAUCAUGAACAGCGACGAGAACAAGUUCCAAGAGGUGGGUGUUGGCGGGCAGUUCCCGGCGGGGGUUGUCCGUGUCCGGUCUCAGGGAAACAGUUUUGACGAGGAGGUGGUGGACAAGAUGGACGACGACGUCUUCCUGAGGUGCAUCGAGUCCAACAUGCUCACGGACAUGACUCUUCAGGGCAUCGAGCAGAUCAGCAAGGUCUACAUGCAUUUGCCUCAAACUGACAACAAGAAGAAGAUCAUUAUCACCGAGGACGGCGAGUUCAAGGCCCUGCAGGAGUGGAUCCUGGAGACGGACGGAGUGAGCCUCAUGAGGGUGCUCAGCGAGAAGGACGUGGACCCCGUCAGGACCACCUCCAACGACAUCGUGGAAAUCUUCACGGUACGAAAAGCAUCGACUCGCCUCCACAGAAACCCGCGAUUUCUCCGUCCUCCGUCCGCCGCGUUUUUAACGAUAAACUGCUGCUCUGUGUCGAAGGUUCUGGGGAUUGAAGCCGUGCGAAAGGCCCUGGAGAGAGAGCUGUACCACGUCAUCUCCUUCGACGGGUCCUACGUCAACUACCGCCACUUGGCCCUUCUGUGCGACACCAUGACCUGCCGCGGCCACCUGAUGGCCAUCACGAGGCACGGCAUCAACCGGCAGGACACGGGGCCGCUCAUGAAGUGUUCCUUUGAAGAGACGGUGGACGUGCUGAUGGAGGCGUCGUCGCACGGCGAGAGCGACCCGAUGAAGGGCGUGUCGGAGAACAUCAUGCUGGGCCAGCUCGCCCCGGCGGGGACGGGCUGCUUCGACCUGCUGCUGGACGCAGAGAAGUGCAAAUACGGCAUGGAGAUCCCCACCAACAUCCCCGGCAUCAGCGUGGCUGGACCCACGGGGAUGUUCUUCGGUUCUGUGCCGAGUCCGAUGAGCGGGAUGUCCCCCGCCAUGACCCCCUGGAACACGGGCGCCACCCCUGCCUACGGCGCCUGGUCUCCGAGUGUCGUGCCUGACAUCUGCCUCCCUUCCCUUGCUCCCACAGGAAGCGGCAUGACCCCGGGAGCAGCGGGUUUCUCUCCCAGCGCCGCGUCGGACGCCAGCGGCUUCUCUCCUGGGUACUCCCCGGCCUGGUCUCCCACUCCCGGGUCGCCCGGGUCUCCAGGACCUCUCAGCCCGUACAUCCCCUCCCCAGGUGGAGCCAUGUCACCAAACUACUCCCCCACCUCCCCUGCGUACGAGCCCCGUUCCCCCGGAGGCUACACCCCUCAGAGUCCGGGGUACUCCCCCACGUCCCCCUCCUACUCCCCCACCUCUCCCUCUUACUCUCCCACCAGCCCCAACUACAGCCCCACAUCUCCUUCCUACUCGCCCACCUCUCCCAGUUACUCCCCAACCUCUCCUUCCUAUUCUCCCACUUCUCCCUCUUACUCGCCCACGUCUCCCUCUUACUCCCCCACCUCCCCGUCCUACUCCCCCACGUCUCCCUCUUACUCUCCCACCUCCCCGAGCUACAGCCCCACGUCGCCCAGCUACAGCCCGACAUCGCCCAGCUACUCGCCCACCUCCCCCUCCUACUCGCCCACCUCGCCGUCUUACUCCCCCACGUCUCCUUCCUACUCCCCCACCUCCCCCUCGUACUCCCCCACCUCUCCCUCCUACUCGCCGACCAGCCCGAGCUACAGCCCCACAUCACCAAACUACACCCCCACCUCCCCCAGUUACUCCCCGACCUCGCCCUCCUACUCCCCAACAUCGCCCUCUUACUCCCCAACUUCCCCCAACUACACACCCACCAGCCCCAACUACUCCCCCACCUCCCCCUCGUACUCCCCCACCUCUCCGUCCUACUCCCCGUCCAGUCCGCGCUACACCCCCCAGUCGCCCACCUACACGCCCAGCUCGCCGUCAUACAGCCCCAGCUCGCCCUCUUACUCCCCCACCUCGCCCAAAUACACCCCGACGUCUCCCUCCUACAGCCCCAGCUCUCCAGAGUACACCCCCACCUCCCCCAAGUACUCCCCCACCUCGCCGAAGUACUCCCCAACGUCGCCAAAGUACUCGCCCACUUCUCCCACCUACUCCCCGACGACCCCCAAAUACAGCCCCACCUCUCCCACCUACUCCCCCACGUCCCCCACCUACACCCCCACCAGUCCCAAAUACUCUCCCACCUCCCCCACCUACUCCCCCACCUCGCCCAAGUACUCCCCCACCUCUCCCACCUACUCGCCCACUAGUCCCAAAGGCUCCACCUACAGCCCCACCUCGCCCGGGUACAGCCCCACUUCGCCCACCUACAGUCCGGCCAUCAGCCCCGACGACAGCGACGAGGAGAACAACUGA